GGAGAUUGUCAGCUUACGUGAUGUACCGGUAGCUAUGGCUCAGAAAGCCGUUGUCCAAUCCGUGACCAAUGAUGACAAACUCCAAGCCGUCGAACAAUUGGAACAGAUUCUGAUCGGUCGUCAAUUAGUUGACAAACAUUUCGUAGAGUUUGCCACCGAUUUGGAACAGUUGACUGGUCUGGACAGUCAACUAUUGGUUAACCAACGCCAGGAGUUGUUGACUGAGGGUUCGGGUGAUUGUUAUCAACAAUUUGUCGAUACUUUUCACUCAAAGUGUUUCAAUAUUAACGAGAAUCCAUACGUUUUGGGCAAACUUAACGUAUUUGUCAAUAUCUGUGAACACUUGACGGCCAGACAACAGGCCAUUGCAUUGAACCAAUUGGUCGGUCAAUGCGAGACCACUAAUAUUGUAGGCAAACCCGAGCAUAUCAUCUAAAAAAUUAAAUAAAUAAAUAAUUGUAUAUAUACUGUAUAUUCAU